UCGGUUGGAUCGGGCCUUUGGCCAACCAGCAGGGGGGCAUUAUCUCGCCAGCGGCCGGACCGUACGGAUGGCACGUUAGCUAAGUUUUUUUUAUUGUUUUCCUCCACUGUCUCGUCCCGUGCCAUCCAAAAGGGGUUUCCCGUUUUGUCUGCAAUCAUUUCCGCCAUCGGCCGGAGGAGCGGCCGCUGAUUAGGAAAGGAGUCCAGCUGUAUAAUCUAGACGAUCCUGUGUUAUCGGUCCUUUUUUUGCAGUGUCAUAUCGUUAGUAGCAUCCUUCCACCGCACCUUCGAGCCAAGCGGGGCAUUUAACUCAGCUAACCAGUUCGUGUGGCAAUCGUUUUCGUCUUUGUUGGUUUCCAUUGUACUCGGAGUACAUAAAAAGUGGAUGAAUCGUUUGGGGAAAAAAUGGCGACCUCCAUCGUGAGUUCAACAGUGAAGGAUUAAUUGUGAAUGCCAAAAUCCUUAGUUGUGCAAUUUUUCCACCAGUAGUGACACACUGUAGUGCAUAUCAAAAGUACUGAAUCAUCAACCACGGAACAAAUCAACUACAUCAGUUCCACCGUCGCAAGAGCCUCGUGUUUAUCCGAACCAGGUGUUCCUGGAUUAUUUGCUUCCCUUCAUCCUUUUAGCCCCGGUGGUCCUCCAAUAUGGCUCUUCACCACGGGCCCAUCGUGCCCUUCGUCGGGACAUGUGUACAAGCUUCCAGUCACCUGCUUCCAGCCCGCACGCAAACGCACACACACACCGAAGAGGUUGGCGCGUGUUCUCCUGAGGCGGCGCAUCAAAAAUCGAUAGCGGAAAAGUGGUGGAUUUAAAAGUUUCGAGUGUUGGAAAAAGAAAACAAACGAACAUGAAGUAAGGCAGGAAAAAUCGAUCCGUAUCGGUUGCGUGAUAAUUCGCGUCCUCCUCCACCGUCUCCCCGGUGGAUCAAACAUAGGUCGGGUGUAUCCUGUGUAUACUAAAAUUCUGCAAGUAUUAUAGUGGUGUUUACUUGAGCUUCGAGUGUCGAGUGUUUGAAAUCCAGAGGCUUUUAGAAAACAAGUGCCAAAAUUGCCAUUGGACUGCCAGUAUAUAUACACACACACACUUACACACAUAAACACCAAGAGGAACACAUUCCGAAACCCCGACCUUCCAUAAAGGAUGCUUUAGAAGAAUCGGAAGAUAUCCCCGGACGAAGCAGAAGGUGAACGCAGCUGGUGACAACGAACCCUAUCCAGCGUUUGAUCACUUACUCGAAAAAGUAGUAGCUAUAUUUAGUGGUUUCUUGGGUACGGGUCUCGAAAGCUCUACCUGCCACUCUUCCUUCCUCGGUGUCGUUCAAUAGCAGUCGACGGAGAGCACACCAUCGGCAAGAUGAACCCCGACCGGAACAGUCGGAAGUAUCGCUCCGGAAACAAUCUGUACAGCGAUGACGAGCUGGAAUUAUCAUCGUCGCAGGUGUUGGAAAAAGUAAAACCCGACCGCGUAACGUCGACGAAGCCGGACGAGGACCGACGGCGGCGUACGAUCAUCGUUGAGAAAAAGAACGGCUCGUACGGCUUCACGCUCCAGAGCUACGGCAUACACUACAAGAAGGAGCAGGAGGUCGAGGUGAUCACGUACGUGGACUACGUCGAGUACGAUGGCCCGGCGUACCGGGCCGGGAUGCGCGAGGGCGACGUCAUCCUCUCGAUCAACGGUUACGAUAUGGAGAAGGCCGAACACAAGGAUCUGGUCAACUUUAUCAAAAACUGUGAUAAUCGAAUGCGCAUGGUGGUGCUGUUCGAGGACUGCUGUCGGAAGGUUGAACUUCACCUCAAGUACAUCCAGCUGCAGGAUUUGCUCAAAAGUAAAAUGGCCGAUCUGGAGCGGAUUUGCCUACGGGAGCGUGAGCUGCUGGAGGGAAAGUGGAAAACUCACAGCCUGCCAGCGAGAAAGAAAGCAACCGCAGCGUCGGGAGACGACGCGGAUCCGGGCGCGACGACCGACGUCGAGUCCGGCUCCGGUCCCUCCUUUUGCCGUCCAGCGGCGUCGACAGAGGACGUCAAGAAGUUGCUUCGACAGAAGACGUACAUAGUUCCACCGCCGGCUCAGUUUAUGCUGGCCUACCAUUGCCUCGAUAGUAACUACCGCUACGUAAUACAUCCCUCCCAAGCCGGAACCAUCACCAGCGCGAGCUGCGAUACUGGUGGACCGGCGGACUACACUACGUGCGCCCAGCCGGGCAAUCCAACUGCGGCCAAACUCUGCAAGGACCAUCAGCACAUGAUGCGCGGUUCGUCACUCGACAAUAGCAGCCUCGGUGGCUGCAACAAACAGCAGCACCAACCGGCGGCCUCGCCGACGAAAAGUCUUCAUAACUACGACACCAAAGCAACGAAAUCCGGCUCGUCCCGGCGCAGCGGCCACCUGCACGGGCACUCGUGCAAUCCAUGCAUGGGCCACUUCCUGCGUAGCAGCAGCAGCGAUAAGCAAAGCCGCGGUGCCACCGGUGGCGAGAAGGACAAUACCAGUCUCGACGCGUACGAUCUCGCCAGUCCGUGCUGCGAUCCGCAGUGCGUACCGUCGCGCCGUAAGUCCAAGCACCACAAGGACCACCACCACAAGCACAAACACCGGGACCGAGAGAGUAGCGCCGGGGGAAAGGAUCGUAUUCCCCGACCGAAGUCACAGCCACAUAUCUCACCGCAACAGCAGCAGCAUCAUCAGUCACACCCGCAACACCAGCAACAGCAGCCACAGUCCCAGCCUAGCUAUCUCUAUCGCCACAAAGAUAAGCACGAUCAUCACCAUUCGAAAGUGUAUGACCUAAACGCUAGUCUCGCCAGCCAUUGUAGUCUCCAUUCGUGCACCUCGAGCGAGUUCAAUCAGGCGGCCGAGCAUUCACCGGCAUCGUACAGCACCUCCAUCAGCACCGACACGCUGUACUGGGAGCCGCACAGCGAGUCAACCACGGUCUCCGGUUCCGGCUCGGUCCACAAAAAGCCCCCGGUCGGUGGUUCCAUUGCCAGCGGUGCCGGUAGCAGUGGAACGCUCGUCCCCGUCGGAGGCGGACGACCGCCGCACACGCACCAACAUCACUACUACAUCCAAAAGUACGUCCAUCCGCACCACGGAGGGCCGGCGGUGCAGCUCCAGCAAUCGCAACAACAAGCAGCAGCUCAGCAGCUGACCAUGUAUCCUCCGCCACCACCACUGCCGGCGGUGCACAAGCCCAAAUCGUGGGACAACCUCGCCAUGAAGGGCUACGGUGGGUACGGCUACGGGUACGGUUACCUGGAAGUCGGAGGUGGUGGAGCUGCAGCUGCUGGUUUAGCCAAACCGGCCACCAUCCUGCCGACGGCAACACGCACCCAGACCACCAUCACCAUCCAGCACCGGAACUCGAUCCCGAAGAAGAAUGGCUACGAGCGUUAUUCGGCGUUUGUCGACGUGGAAAACUAUGCCCCACCGCCGACACAGUUUCUCCAGGAGACGACCACCACCACGACGACCAUAACAACCAAAUCGACGGAGAAUCUACUGGGACCGUACAAUCACUCGGACUCUAGUCUGACCUGUGACUGCCUCGAGACGGCACCGUUGACAGGGAGUUCUGGCGGCACGUUGGAGCUCGUGCACGAUAAGGCCGGCUAUUACUCGACCCUCGGUGGAUCCGGUUCUAGCAGUUCCGGUGGGGCGCCCAUGGGUGCCAAAAAGUCGGCUAGCAAUCUCACAGAAAUUGCCCGCCUUUAGAAGACAUUCUUGCUUGAUCCUUAUACUGUUUCUGCUUCAGCAGAGUAUUGGCCAGAGUUUUCCAGGGAGCUCUAGAAGUGUCGAUGGCGCACGAUUUCAAUCCCAUUGUGCCACACCGUUCGGUUAGAAGAAAGCUUCCAAACAACAAUACAUUCUUCCCGUCAUGAUAGUUUUGUACGGUUGGCAAGGUUACUGAUAGGAGAUCCUUUUUUCUAUUGAAAGUUGUAAGCGUUUAAAAUGACGAUCGACCAGGUUCGGUUCAAUAGUUGCUGAGGGAAACUUUGUAGUGAAAUGUUCGUCUUUAUGUUGUGUUCAGCGUAGGUGCGUUUCACUGCUUUUAACCAAUCAAAUCAAAUAAUACUCAAAACUGCUCGUC